GGCUGACUCACACGCAAAACGUAAGCCUAGAGGAGGUGACUGGAGUGAGCGUUCCUAGACGCACUAGGAUCUCCUUCCAUUCAAAGGUGCUCCGCUCAGACCUCCUGCUCCGGAUCUCCCACACUUAAAGGACCCGCGUCCACCCACCAACAGCCAUCUCCGCCCCGCCCACCUCCCGCCUAGGCGUCCUGACGUCACGCUUGCACACCCUGGAGGGGACGGGAAGAAGCAGCAGCCUGGGUCUGGACUGGAAUUGAACGUUUGGCGGCUCCUGCUGAGGGAGCAGCUGUGGCGCUGCUGUGUUUUCUUCUGGCAAUUUUCGCAUCAGGGCCUGUUGCCAAGAAUGUCAACAAGAGUUUUGGCUUUUGCUCCUGAAACAGAAAUUCAAAGUAAAGCCACAAAGAGAAUGGCUGCAUCCCCAGUAAAUGCUCACCAGGGUCUAUUGACGUUCAGGGAUGUGGUUGUGGACUUUACCCAAGAGGAAUGGGAAUGUCUGGAGUCUCCUUGGAGGGCUUUAUACAUCGAUGUGAUGCUGGAGAAUUACAACAAUCUAGUCUUUGUAGAGAAACAUCACAUAUGUGGAAAAAAUGAAAAGUUCUUAAAUCAAGACUCAAAGCACAUUGGCUAUCAGUGUGUGAAUAUCCAAAAGAAGCCUCAUAAAUGUAGUAAACUUGGCAAAAUGGUUCAUGAAUCAUUCCCAAUGUACAACUUUUAUCACAAAUGA